UUAGCAUGCUAGCCAUGGUAGCGGCGAAGACGUCCCCCGGAAGUUGUUGUUCUUCUUCGUGGCAGCGGUGUUGCUGAGUGCCACGUUGAUGGAGACCAGUGGGGACGUGGAAAUCUGUCUUGAGUCCGUAGUCGGGACCCGGUAGCCUCUUCUGUUAUUACACCCUCUAAUCCCGUAGUGGAGCCGAACGAGGAACCUGUACAGUCGCAGGAGUAUUUGUCAACUAUUGUAUGUGUGUUCAUGUAAGAGGGAGCAAAGGAAGGAAGGAUGAAACUUAAGGAGAUUAACCGCACAGCCAUCCAGAGCUGGAGUCCUGCACAGCACCACCCCAUCUACCUUGCAACAGGAACAUCAGCCCAGCAGCUGGAUGCCUCCUUCAGCACCAAUGCCUCGCUGGAGUUUUUCGAGCUGGACUUGUCAGACCCAUCUCUAGACAUGAAGUCAUGUGGCAGCCUCGUCUCCUCUCACAGAUACCACAAACUGGUAUGGGGCCCCUAUGGGAUAGAUUCCCAAGGUAACCCGUCCGGGGUCCUUGUUGCCGGAGGCGAGAAUGGCAACGUCAUUCUGUACGACCCGGCAAAGAUCAUGGCUGGAGAGACCGACGUGAUCAUUGCAGAGAGUGACAAGCACACUGGGCCAGUCAGAGGUCUCGACGUCAACCCGUUCCAGACAAACCUGGUUGCAUCAGGUGGGAAUGAGUCUGAAAUCUAUAUCUGGGACAUGAAUAACUUUGGCUCUCCAAUGACACCAGGACCUAAAACUCAGCCUCUGGAGGACAUCAGCUAUGUGUCGUGGAACAGACAGGUCCAACACAUCCUGGCCUCUGCCAGCCCGAGUGGCCGAGCCUCAGUGUGGGACCUCCGCAAGAACGACCUCAUUAUCAAAGUCAGCGACCACAGCAACAGAAUGCAUUGUUCCGGGCUGGCUUGGAACCCAGAAGUUGCUACUCAGCUGGUUUUGUCCUCGGAAGACGAUCGAAUGCCGGUUAUCCAGAUGUGGGACUUACGCUUUGCUUCCUCUCCUCUCAAGAUUUUAGAGAAUCACACACGGGGUGUCCUGUCCAUCGCCUGGAGUCUGGCUGAUCCUGAUCUGCUCCUGAGCUGCGGAAAGGACAACAGGAUUCUGUGCUGGAACCCAAACACAGCAGAGGUGCUGUACGAGUUGCCCACUAGCAGUCCGUGGUGCUUUGACAUCCAAUGGUGUCCCAGAAACCCCGCGGUGCUGUCGGCUGCAAGCUUCGACGGACACAUCGACAUCUAUUCCAUCAUGGGAGGAACCAACACGGCGCAGAGCCAGAGACGAGCUGAUCAGAUUACCAACUCGUUUGGGAACAUGGAUCCUUUUGGCACAGGGCAAACUUUGCCGCCCCUGCAGCUGCCUCCUCAGGCUCCUGCUACUCCAGCGACCAUCAACCCUCUGAAGAAGCCCCCCAAGUGGAUCCGCAGACCUGUAGGAGCCUCGUUUGCUUUUGGAGGUAAGCUGGUUUCCUUGGAGAACAGCAAGCCGAACCCACAGCAGCCUCAGCAGCGCUCCUCACACGUCGUACAUGUCAGCCAGGUCGUCAUAGAAACAGCAUUUUUGAAGCGCUCUGACCAGCUGCAGGCCACGCUGAGAGCAGGGAGCUUUGUGGAGUUCUGCCAGGAGAAGAUCGAUGGAGCUGAAAAUGAGUUUGAGAAGACUCUUUGGUCUUUCCUUAAGGCUAAUUUUGAAAGUGAUAUCCGCAGCAAGUACCUAGAACUCCUUGGGUACAACAAAGAGGAGCUCGCCUUAAAGAUUUCAGCAGCGUUGGAGGAAAAGCCUGCUGAGCCUCCACAGGUGGAGAUGCCCGCUCCAGUCAGCCUGCAGUCUUUACCAGACCUCAGCCUUAUCCCUGCUGCUGAAACUCCAGAGGCAGCGUUCGACAUGAUUGCGGCUGCCGCAGUCCUGCCGCCCGUUGGCAACCCAGAAGAAGCAUUUGACAUGAUCGCUGCUGCAGUCGUGCCUCCCGCUGCCACUGCAUUUCUGCCACCUGUUGACAACCCAGAGGAAGCCUUUGACAUGAUCGCCGCUGCUGCAGAUGUACCUCCCCCUGCCGCCUCAAUCGUGCCGCCUGCCGAAAUUCCAUUGGAAGCGUUCGACAUGUUUGCCGCCGCAGCAGAUGUACUUCCAGCUGACACCACAGUCAUGCCGCCUGCUGAAAGUCCAGAGGCAGCCUUUGAUAUGAUUGCUAAUGCAGAUGUGUCGCUGGCUGAUAACCCAGAAGAAGUCUUUGACAUGGAUGCUGCUGCAGUUUUGCCGGCUGCUGACACUCCUGAAGCCGCCUUCGACAUGAUUGCAGCUGCAGUUGUGCCGCCUGCGGACCCCUUGGAGGCCUUUGACAUGAUCGCCGCUGCAGCAAACCUUGAGCCUGCAGCCACGCUGGAACUGGACUCCGCUCCUUACCCUGAGUCUGAAGAGCCAGCAGCGGAAGAUCUAGAGGUCGCUCCUGCCGGUGAAUCAGAAGAGAAUAUGGACCAGGUUCUCCCAGAGGAGGACGCAGAGGAAGAAGAGAUCCCCUUGGACGAGGAGGAGGAGGAGGAGGUGGCAGCUCCAGUGGAGGAGGAACCCAGUCCUGCUGAGACCUUAGCUCCAGUCGAGGAGCCCGUUGAGGUUCCAGCUCCAGCUCUAGUGCCAGAUCCAGCUCCUGCUCUGGCUCCAUCUCCAAUUCCAGCUGCAGCUCCAGUUCCCGUUCUAGCUCCCACUCCUGCUUCCACUCCUGCUCCCACUCCUGCUCCAGCUCCCACUCCAGCCCAAUCAGAAGGAGUCAGUCUCAGCAUCGGUCAAGAUGUGGACGGGCUGAUCACCCAGGCGCUGCUGACCGGAGACUUUGAAGGAGCUGUGGAGCUCUGUCUCCAUGACAACAGGAUGGCAGACGGUAUCAUCCUAGCCAUCGCCGGAGGAGCCGACCUCUUAGAGAAAACACAGAAGAAGUACUUUACCAAGAAACACAGCAAGAUAACUAAGCUGAUCAGUGCAGUAGUGCUGAAGGACUGGCACGACAUCCUGACCACGUGUGAGCUGCAGAACUGGAAGGAGGCUCUGGCUGCUGUCAUGACCUACGCUGAGCCCGAGAAAUUCUCUUCCCUCUGUGAUCUUCUCGGGGACAGACUGGAGGCAGGAGAGGACGCCCAGCUGCAGGCGCAGGCCUGUCUGUGUUACAUCUGUGCAGGAAACGUGGAAAAACUUGUUUCAUGCUGGACCAAGUCACAAGAUGGACACUGUCCACUCUCUCUCCAGGACUUGGUGGAGAAGGUGGUGGUGUUGCGUCGUGCCGUAGAGCAGACCCAGCGCUCUGGUCCCGCUGCUAUUGGCAUCCUGCUGGCUGAGAAGAUGAGUCAGUAUGCAAACUUGCUGGCCUCCCAGGGCAGUCUGACCACCGCCAUCACCUACCUGCCCGACAACACCAACCAGGUUUCCGUGCAGCAGCUUCGUGACCGCCUCAGUCGGGCUCUGGGGCAGCAAGCUGCGGCUCCAGCAGCUCUGGUACAAACGCAGAAAGUUCAGUCCCAGCCUCCGGCCCCCAUUCAGCCUCAGCCCACCCUGCCCCGUCCUCUGUUUACCCCGGUCCGACCUGCCAUGGUGCCUCAGCCCCGUGCAGCAGCCCCCCCUGUGGCCAUGCCAACGCCUGCUGCCUCCGCCCCAGCACAGCCGCAGUAUUACCAGCCGGUGAGGGCUGCCUCUACUGUCACCUCCUGGAGUAACCAAACUCCCACAGCCCUCCCCCAUCACCCUCCUCCUCCUUCUCAAGUAGGCAGGCCCUCAGAGCAACAGGUGGAGCCUUCAAACCAAAUGUACGGGAUGCCACCGCCCGGCACGGACGCCCAACCUCCUGUCUCCUCCACUCCUGCUUACAUGUACUCACAUCAGUACCAGCCCUACCCCCAGGUCAACCAGUACCAUCCUGGAGCUGGGGGGGGGGCUGUCUAUCAGCCUCUGCAGUAUUCCUCUGCUGCUCCUCCAGCAGAGCCUGCCGGCUUUCUCUCUCACUACACACAGCCCACAUCCCCGGUCUAUCCCGGACCUCCUCCCAUCAGCCAGUGCCCGUCCUCCUCCUCUCCCUCAUAUCCUCCUUUCUAUCCAACAUCCUCCUCUUCCUCCUUUGCCGCUCCUCCAACCUCCGGAGCUUCUUUCCAGCAUGGCGGGCCAGGAUCUCCUGUGUCGUACAUGCCUCCUCCUCCUCCUCUUCAACAGGGCGGAGUCUCAGGUCCUCAGAAUGGCUGGAAUGACCCUCCUGCCCUGAACAGAGCAUCAAGGAAGAAGUCGAUUCCGACGAACUACACCCCUCCUACCCCCAUCAUGGCUCCUCUGGGUGCUGACCCCCAGGCUCAGCCAGUAUCAUCGGGGGCCCCUCAGGUUAUGGGUCAGGGCCAGCACGGGGCCCAGGUCCCGUACUCAGGCAUACAGCAGCAGCAGCAGCAGCAGCAGUUCUCCCCUCCACCCAUGAACCCUGCCAUGCCUAAGACCAGUAUGGAGGGGGCCCCAGGAGCCCCAACUGGAGAUGUUAUACAGCCUCUGCAGUCCAUCCCUGCUGAGAAGAUCAUGAAGAAGCCCAUCCCCGAUGAGCACCUGAUCCUGAAGACCACCUUUGAGGGGCUCAUCCAGAAAUGCCUGGCUGUGGCUAUGGACCCUCAAACUAAGAGGAAGCUUGAUGAUGCCAACAAACGUCUGGAAGCGCUCUAUGAUAAACUCAGAGAGCAGACACUUUCUCCCGCCAUCGUUGGAGGACUUCAUAACAUCGCCCGGAGUGUAGAGUCCCGAUCCUACACGGAGGGCCUGAACAUCCACACACACAUAGUCAGUAGCAGCAACUUCAGCGAGACGUCGGCGUUCAUGCCCGUGCUCAAGGUGGUGCUGACGCAAGCCAACAAACUGGGGGUGUGACGGGCAGAAACUCCUCCGAGUCUUUGACCCGUGCAAAAUGAAGAGAGAGUGGUCGGGCUCGUGUCACAGGGAGAUCCACCAUGACUCAGUGCAAAUGAUGGAAGAUUUGCGAGAAAGUUGUAUGGAAAUCCUGUUAAAUUCUUCUUUGUGCCAUUCAUGUUUUCUGACACAAGCCAUGCUAUCAGUCGCGCUCAGUGGUGAAAGUUCAUUCUGAGUCCUGUGCAAACACAAUCUCACAAUGAAUAAAAGGCUAGACACUAGUUAAAUUCAAAUUCGACCUUAAUCUACCAACAUGCUAAAAAUCAAACUAGCUUUAAAUGUAUAACUUGUAACAAAAUGGAUGGACUUUAUAAUGUAAUAAACAUGCAAUAAGCAUAAUAAAGGGGAAAUCUUUAAAUGAUCAAGCUAAAUAUAAGGAAGGCCGAGCUUUAUAACAGUGGAUGUGAAAAUAAUGAUUACAUUUAAAGACAUCAAAAGUGAGAAAAGCGACAUUCAGGAAUUUUAAAGGUAUAUUUUUAUCUACUUGUGUUGAGAUGUUUGAAAUAAAAGUAGUGUAUUUCAAGUUAAAUCUCAAUGAAUUUGGCAUUAACAGAAACCUGCUCAUGAUAUAGAAGUGCGUGACCAAGCAAACCGCAAUCAAUUUAACAUAUUAGACUUUUAUUGUCUCACUAUAUUUGUGCACUACAAUAAUGCUCAGAUACCUUUAUAAUCCAUUAAACAUAGAUUUUAUGAACAAAAUCUUGCUUUGUUUUUAAAUAAAUGCAUCAUCGCCUGCAUGCAUUUUGCAACUGAUCUGCAGAUGACACAGUAAAUGGAAGAUAGAGACAGAAUGUGGAUUAAAUAUUAAUAAUGAGAAACUGGGCAUUAGAUUGAUUUUAAACCAGUAGUCCAACUCAGAGGCAUUUAAAGCAAGUUGUUUUUUUUAAUGUACCUAUCAUGACUUUAGUUAGAGCUUUAAUCCCCUCUCUCUGCUUAGGCAAGGCAAGGCAAGUUGAUUUACACUGGCUCACUUUCACCACUGGUGUCACUGCAUACAACACAUUGGACCAAGAUAUUGUCUGGAUAUGUCAAUCCCAUUUCUUUCGGAUGUUUAAAUGUUUUAUUCAUGUUUUAGUUUUUUUUCAUUGUAAUCACGAGGCUCAGCAGAGUGCAAUGACCUUUUUUUUUUUUUAAAGAGACUUUGCUUUUAUGGAAAUGUAAAGUAUGCAUGCUUAAACAAACGCUAACUGUCUUCUUUACUGGCUUUGGAGGUAAUUAACGGCUAAUUAAUUAGACCUGAGAAGGAAACUGGAAAGAGACGUGUACUUGGUUUUCAUUCCAACUAUGAUGAGGGCUCCAGUCUGAGGGGUCAACCUCAGCUAAUGUUGUUAAUAAAGGAGAACAAGUCUUUGUUUGAGAUUGACUACAUGCAAUAUUUUCAAUAAAUAGUAUUUAUUUACGAUA